AUGGCAGAAUUAGACAAGAUCAAACUCAAAGAUAGCCAUUUAGUAAACGGAUAUGAGUUUCCAGUGGCAUAUAAAGUGAAAAGCGAAGGUGAGCAAAGCAUUUCAACUGAAGAUGUUGCCCAAUUGUUGAAGAAUAAAGCCGAGGAAGGGUUUUUCAGGAAUAUUUUGGAUAAGAACGGGGCCAUUGUACUCAGAUUAGGGAACAUUGAUCCGAACGUUAUUUCCAAAUACGUUGAGGCGAUCGGAUAUGGAAGCAAGCUUGUCCCAUUCGUCCAAAAUGGAUCUACUGCAGAGAGGACACAGAUUACGAAUGUUUUAACUACGGCCAACGAGGGACCAGGUGGGAUUGAAAUCUACCAACAUAACGAGUUUUCACGGUUCAAGACAUACCCAAGCACCCUCUUCUUUGCAUGCACUGAAUACACUGCCAAAGGUGGUGAAACACCAAUUGUUCAUGGAGCAGAAACUUUUGAAGACGUCAAGCGUAAGAAUCCUACGUUCCUCAAGCGACUCGCCAGAAGGGGAUUGCUAUUUACCCAAAUAUGGGCUUACAAGAGCCCGAAUAGAACUGGAUGGCAGGAUUAUUAUUCUUUUGGAAGAACAAUUCAGCCUGAAGAUACAUUGGAGCAAAGAAAGAAGAAAGCUGGAAAAGUCUGUUUUGACCAUAUCAGCGAGGAUUUCGAGUGGGAUAAGGACAAUAACCUCGAUGUGAAGGAACACACAGAACCUUAUGGUGUUCUCUUCAACAGUAUUCCAACAUUUUACGGUGAUAUCAGAGAUAAAAAGAAUAGUUACGGUAAGACAACAGAGAUAUCAUACGACGAUAAUGAAGAACCAAUCUCGCAUGAAGACCUGGAUCUAAUUCUUCAGAGUUCUUUAGACACUGAGUACAAUCAUAAUUGGGUUCCAGGAGACUUGGCAAUUAUUAACAAUUACCAAGUUAGUCAUGGAAGAAAGCCAUGGAGAGAUGGUGAACGGAAAAUUAUUGUCAGUAUGUGGGAUACUCCAAACAAGCGAGACUUUUCUCGUUACCCUCCUGAGGCCUAA